AUGGUUGCUAUUGUCUCUGACCGUGUUAAUGUGGCAGCUUCUGCGAUUGAGGGCCUUCCCGAUGAACAACGCACAUCACCCGUCCGAAGAACUUUUCUCCUUUCUAUUUUCUUCGAGUUUGUUCUCAUCUUGGCACUAUGGUUGAUCUACAUUCGGACACUCGGCGACUUUGCCGAACAGAUCAAGGACCAAGUUGUAAACAUGCGAUUUAACACAACACUCUUUGAUGUCCAGGUUAUAGCCGCUAGCCGCCUAGUUUUUCUUGAAGUGGCGUACGGAGCGUGUAUGACCUGUCACCGAUGGCCCUCUGCCCUCUCAUCACAACACGAAAGCAUUGGCCUGUGCUACACUAAUCUCGUUUUGCCCAUCGUUAUGGCCUGGCUGCUCACCCUUUUUCUGGAGUGUCGUGUUCUCCCUCGAGAGAGGAUGGCCAAUCGAAUCGUCUACUCGUAUCAACGGAUGAACCCGGACUACUUCUCUGCCAUUGAAGCACAGUCGGCACAUUUCGCCUCUGUUCGUCAAUGGGCGGCCAGAGCAGCUACCUCACGUGGUGGUGGCAGCAUCUACGAAUCUCCUGAGGGCUCCUUUAUUAAUGACACAGAGUCCUUACUUUGCGUCUCAAAGUACAACUCCGGAGGCGCCAACGAUGCGCCCGUGGAUGUAAGGUUUUUAUUAGCCUUUUGGACAAUGCCCACUGCCAGCGUUAGACGGAAGUUAGCCAAUGUGGUAGCGGCACUUUUGACCCGUGCAGAGAGUUUGCGUCAAAGUGCUUGGAGUGUCUUUGAGGACGAGGCGUGGAUCGAAGUUGCCUUAUCCUCCUCCAUAAAAUCCGGAUCUUCCGUCACCUCAGCCGAUCUCCGCGGCUUCAGUCAGAGGGUCUUUCGUUUGGACGCAAUACUUCAUGCACGGGUCAAGACCAUUUUCAAUGACCUCGUUCAUGGAUUUGAGUUUUCGCCCCUCUGGAACUCGACGAUCGAAUCUGCAAGAUGUCUGCAGAAGUUUCCCCAUGAGGAUCUGGAUAUUGUUCACCUCGUAACCAAGGAAGUUCUGGGAGGCCUCAUAAAACCAAGGGACUUUGUAGUGCUGAGGGCGUGGGGUGUCAAGGGUGAUACUUGCUAUGUCGCCUCAUCAUCUGUCGUUUUCCCCAAGUGCCCGCCCGUGGAAACGUGUGUUCGGGCUGAACAACUGAUCAAUGCAAUGUUUCUUCAGCCGAGUGGAAGCGUUUGCCACUUCGUUUGUAUCACUUGCUGCGACCUCAAGAAUAUCCCAAGUUGGUUUUCAAGCCAAUUAGUGGCAAGAGGAGUGCAGGCGUCUCUCAACUCUCUCUACCAAUCUCUUCAGAAGCGUGCUAUCUCUUUGAGUGCCGGUGUGGAGGACUUUGACGAGUCUAUAAUUCCUCGGGCGCCGCCUUUGCCAACUCGACAGCGUCCAGUACUCGAUGAGGCCUGCUAA